GCAGACACUUGCACACAUGUGCGCCUCCCCCAGGGGCUGAAGCCAAGCCAAGCAUCCCGCAUCAGCGGAUGAAUAGCAGGUCUGUCUUGCAGCGGCCCUGUCUCCCACCCCAGAAAAGCUGCAGCCACAGACUGCCCAGCCGAAGAGCCCACGCAAACUCCAGGCACUCCGAGGGUGGAAAGAAGCCGGAGGGCAGCAAGAUGGAGUCAGACCGAGAAGUCAUCCACCUUCAACACCGGCAUGCCAACCCCCGAGGGAACCAGCCUCUCAAUUUGAACCACUAUGCCACCAAGAAGAGUGUGGCAGAGAGCAUGCUGGAUGUGGCGCUCUUUAUGUCCAAUGCCACGCGUCUGAAAGUGGUGCUGGAGCAGGGGUCUUCCUUAGAGUACUACACCACCCUCAUCACCCUCCUCAGCAUCUCUCUGAUUCUGCAAGUAGUCAUUGGCAUUCUUCUCGUGGUCAUUGCCAGGCUGAACCUGAAUGAGGUAGCAAACCAAUGGCGUCUAAACCAGCUCAACAACGCUGCCACCACCCUGGUCUUCAUUACUGUGGUCAUCAACAUUUUUAUCACUGCUUUCGGGGCACACAAGACAGGCUCCAUGGCUGCCAGGACCUCCAGCAAUCCUGUUUAAUCCCUACCUAGGUCCCAGGAACCGGGUCUGGAACUGCUUCAGCCUUCGUCCCUGACCGGUGAGGCUAACGAGCACUUUCCACAGCCUCCAGGAGAGCUUCAAGAGCAAUGAAGAUGCCCGUUUCCUGCCCACAGCACCUGAAUUCAGUUGUGCAGUUUUACUGGGUGAUGUAAUCGCAUCUUGGUCUGGAGGCCAGAGCUCAGCCUCUGCAACAGCCACCCUUUCCUCCAGCAGCAGUAAUUGGGUCUGCUAAUCAGAGUCUACAUGGCCUGCAGACUCUGCUUCCACUGCAUUCCUACCCUCUGCUCCAAGCCUCAGUUUUCCCUUUCUGCAAAAUGGGAAUCUAUCUAUAAAGAUGUGAAAAUCCAAGUUAG